ACGCACGCGCCACACGCUAACAAAUUGCAGCCCAGCAAUUUAUCUUAAUCUGGGCAGGCCUUCAAACCCACCACGCCUGCUGCAGUCUCUCCUCUAUCCUUCCUUCAGCUACAGCUAGCAUUAUUUUUAGCAAGCAACGCCCUCAGCAGGUGCCGGCCAUGCCGUCGAUGGCGCCGGUAGAGCUCGACUUCCUCGGCCUCCGUCCUCCUGCCGCCGCCGCCGACCACCACCACGGCGGCACCACCACCACCACCACUUGCUCCUCCAUCCGAGGCAUGAAGACGAGCGCGAUAGCGAGCAUCGGGGCGCACCAGCUGCGCCGCGUCAUCGUCGGCGACGAGGCGCCCAAUAACAAGCAGAAGCAGCAGGCCCCGAUGACGGUCUUCUACAACGGCGCCGUGGCCACCUUCGACGGCGUCUCCCAGGACAAGGCAGAGGCUAUAAUGAAGAUGGCGAUGGAGGUUACUACCUCCAAUGGAGGCCGCGUCGUCCGUGGCGACGCAUUUGCUGGAAAUUUGACCAAAGACAUGCCACUCACAAGAACCAAAUCGCUGCAGCAGUUUCUGCAGAAGCGAAAAGAGAGGCUGAGUGGGUUGGGUCCGUAUCAGCUGGGAAUAAUGGGAUCGGGAGGAACGAGCCGCGUUGGUGCAGCGACAACCAACAAGUCGUUUCAUGUGAAGGAGGAGGCAGCUUAACCUAGCAGCCGCCAAGCUACUAAUUCAAGAAGUAUAUUCUUUGAUACUUUGAUAGCAGUAUCGACAAAUAAAUAGAAGAUCCACAGUGAUAUAAGUUCGUUUGAUAAUUUCAUUAAGAUUAAGAUCUAGAGUUGAUCAUAGGCAUAUGUAUGUUUGUUAUAUAUAUUAUUAUUUUUUUACCCAGGAUGUUUAACACAUUAUAUCGUUCAUUCAAAAAGACGUGGUGCAUGCCUACCCUUAAUUUGGCGCCUUU